AUGGCUGGAGCCAUGAAAUCAAGGUGGCUGUUUGCCUGUACUGGCUGUGGAAGCCCCUACUGUGUGACAGCCGACAUAUUUGCCAUCUCGAGAGCCACAGUGGCCAGAAUUUUUCACAAUGUGGUAGAGGAGCUGAUAAUCAUCCUCCACAGGGCUCUUCACUUUCCUGAGCUGGAGGAUAUGGAGGAGGUGGGGGCGGGAUUUGCCCAACUGGCUGGCCAUGAGGCAUUCCGCUGUGUCAGGCGAAAUCGACAGGUGCCACAGCCGCGUCGUCUCACCUGCUGAACCACAAAAAAAAAGUUAUAUAAAUCGGAAGCUCUUCCCCUCUGUGGUGCUUCAGGCUGUGUGUGACAGCUCUGGAAAGUUCCUGAACACUUACAUGGGAAAUAGCGGCUCUGUGCAUGAUGCCCCAGUCCUCCGGAGGUCACCCAUGUAUAAAGAGUCCCUUUAUCCACCAGCUGGCUAUGUCCUUCUUUGGGAUGGAGGGUACCCAUGCUUGCGGCAUCCAGUCACCAUCAUAACGCCAUACCGCCAGCCCUUAGCAGGUAAGAAAAGAACAAGAAAAUGUUUAUUACAUCACAUAUCAGUUGUUACUAUGCAUUUACAUUCUGGGAUUUCUAUCAGUUUGAAACAUUAACAUGAGAAGUACUUACCUGUAUUUUUCACAAUUAGGCUGGGUUGAGGAACGCUUCAACAACCUCUGCCUGGCCACAGAUGAUAUCCCGGAGGAGGAACAUCACGAAGAUGGUGAGGGUGGGGUGGCACAAUUUAAAACGCUACCAAGCACUCUGGUGCGGACCUCCGUACCAGACUGGCUGCACAAGUGUCCGCUUCCAACAGAGAGCUGUCUGCACAUUUAA